AAUAGCAGUGUGAAAGGAUGUAAUGAAUACCACGAUAGAACUCCUCCAGAGAGACAAAUGGAAAACACACAGGAUGGAACUCUGGAGGACUGGUUCAAGAUCACAAUUCCUUAUGAGAUUAAGUAUGACAAGAUAUGGCUAGUGAAUUCAAUCCAGAACCAUUGCAGUGUCCCCUUCACGCCAGUGGAUUUCCACUAUGCAAACAACCAGGCCCGGUUCUUUGCCCAGGGUGCCAGUACUGCCUCUGCAUUGAAGGAUGUCAGCUGUAAGAUUCAUGAUAACGCAAAUCAAAAGAUAGCUAUCUUUGUCAAUACUUCUGCCGUACCCUACUCUGUGCAGAAUAAGUUGGAGUCAAAGGAAACGGAGCAGCUAAAGCUGACCAUGAACAAAUGAUACGAUGUCUCCCAGUAAGCUCUUGACCUUCAUAAGCUCCACUUUGACCCAGACUUGGUGGGCCCUGAUAUUGAUAUAAUCCUAAAUCAAAGAAACUGCAUGGCUGCCACCCUGCAGAUCAUCAAAAAGAAUUUCCCUGAGCUGUUGCUUUUGAACUUGUACAAAAACAAACCAUGCCAGCUGAAUGGCCUGUCUGACAUCAUACAGUUGGCUCCCACAGUCAAGAUGCUGAACCUCUCCAAAAACCAGCUGAAGUCGGUAUGCGAGUUGGACAAGAUGAAAGGGCUGAAGCUCAAAGAGCUGUGGCUGGAAGGGAACCCCUUGCACAGCACCUUCCCAGACCAGUCCACCUACAUAAAUGUCAUUGGGAAAUGUUUCCCCAAGUUACACCUGGAUGGCCAGGAGUUACCGCUACCAAUUGUAAUUGACAUUGUAGACCUAGAGAUAAUAAAACCUUGUAAGGCAAGCUAUAGAGGAUCUGAGACCCUGAAGAAGCUAGUCUUUCAAUUCCUGCUUCACAGCUUGUGUGAGUACUUCAGGGGUAGCAGGAAUAUGAAGAAAGUCAAGGAUCGUGACCUGUGGGUUCAGCUGCUGAAGCACAGAAAGCAUGACAUCGUUGACUCCCUCAGUGCAUUGCCCAAACCUCAGCAUGACCUUAACUCCUAUGUGGUAGACCUAUGUGUCCAGACAAAAACGAUGCUCUGUUUUUCUGUCAAUGGGGUAGAAGAAAAGUCUCAAGGGUCUGUCCAUUGCCUUCACCCGAACCUUCAUCUUGACUUCUGGCAGCAAUUCCAGUCUGUGCAUCGUGAAUGAUGAAUUGAUUGUAGGAAAUGCCAGGACAAAAGAAACCUAGAGUGCCUUCUCCAUUCCAGUACCCACAUCCACCUCCAGCUCCAUGCCCAGCCUCUCUGCGGAACAGCAAGAAAUAGUGCAGGUUAUCUCCACCCACUCUGGGAUGAAACUCCAAUUGUCUCAGAAGUGCGUUCAGGACAAAGAGUAGAACUAAAUCAGAGCUGAUUAGGUCUUAACUAUGCUCAAAACCAACAGCCAGAUCCCAGAGGAGGCCUUCAAACAAAUCCCCUAAAAAGAACCCUCGGAUGUCAUCUUAGUCUUUAUCUACAUCUUUUUUGUUUCACUUUUCUCAA